AUGGCAGCUAUGCGAGACCCGGGUGCCUCUUCCAUCACAGUCGCCGUACGAGUUCGGCCUUUCACCAUCCGCGAAGCUGCACAACUACACCGCUCCGAUGGAGACACGGUCUUCUUGGGAGAUGGCUCCCUGGCAGCAGUACCGACACCAAAGCUCAAGUCCAGCGGCAUCAGAUCCGUAGUGAAAGUCGUCGACGACAGAUGCCUAGUAUUCGACCCGCCCGAAGACAACCCUAUGCAGAAGUUCUCCCGAUCCCUCGUUCCUCAAGGCAAAAAGGUCAAGGACCAAAUAUUCGCCUUCGAUCGCGUCUUUGACGAGAACACAACGCAGGACGAAGUGUACGAAGGGACCACCAAGAACCUGCUCGACAGCAUCCUGGACGGCUACAAUGCCACCGUGUUCGCGUACGGCGCCACUGGAUGUGGUAAAACACACACCAUCACCGGCACCUCCCAGAUGCCCGGUAUCAUCUUUCUCACCAUGCAGGAACUGUUCGAGAAGAUAUCGGAGCGGAAAGAAGACAAGCAUACCGAGAUCUCCCUAUCAUACCUCGAGAUUUACAACGAGACCAUUCGAGACCUGUUGGUCCCUGGUGGCAGCAAGCAGGGCUUGAUGCUACGAGAAGAUUCCAACCAGGCCGUCACAGUGGCUGGUCUCACCAGUCAUCACCCAAGGGACGUGCAAGAGGUUAUGGAUAUGAUCAUCCGAGGUAACGAAUGGAGGACAGUUUCACCGACAGCGGCCAACGCCACCUCUUCGAGGUCACAUGCCGUUCUGCAGAUCAACAUAGCUCAGAGGGACCGCACGGCAGCGGUCUCCGAGCCUCACACCAUGGCCACCCUGAGCAUCAUCGAUCUUGCCGGUAGCGAACGAGCUAGCGCGACCCAGAACCGAGGAGAACGUCUGUUGGAGGGUGCCAACAUCAACAAGUCUUUACUUGCUUUGGGCAGCUGCAUCAACGCUCUGUGCGAUCCUCGGAAGAAGAACCACGUCCCGUACAGAAACAGCAAACUCACCCGGCUGCUCAAAUUUUCCCUCGGCGGCAACUGCAAAACAGUCAUGAUUGUCUGCGUCAGUCCCUCGAGCCAACACUUCGACGAAACCCAAAACACUCUGCGAUACGCGAACCGCGCAAAGAAUAUCCAGACCAAGGUGACAAGGAAUGUCUUCAACGUCAACCGCCAUGUGAAGGACUUCUUGGUCAAGAUCGACGAACAAAUGGCUAUCAUCAACGAGCUGAAGGCGCAGCAGAAGGACGCCGAAAAGGGCGCCUUUGCCAAGUUCCAAAAACAGUUGGAGAAGCGAGGCGCAUCUGCCACUGGAGGCAUCCAGAGGAUCCGUACCGCCUACCACAACUCAGGACCCGAACGCCAAGACAAGAUCUCUCAUUUGAAGAAGCAGCGAGCUAUCGAGCGUCGUAUCGGCUUAUUAUCGUCGUGGAUCGCCGCUUUCGAUGCCAUUUGUGAUGCCAAGGACGAUGAGGACUGCAUGCCUUCCAACCUGGCUGCCAUGCGCAAUACCGCCCAAGGCAUCUUGAUCGAGCUCGAAAACAGCCGCCACCAUAUACACCAAAAGCUAGAAAAGGGAAAUUGGGAGAGAGCUAUCGACUCUGCUCUCCAACACAGCAUUGGCCAGCUUCCCACGGGGGAUGCGCACGCGGAUGCUGGUGAGAUGGCCACGCUUCAAAGAGAAGCUGAACUCCUCAAGUCCAACUUCGCGAGGGAAGCCUACAGGGAAGUACUCGAACAGGAUAAGGCUGGAGACGCCGGCAUGAUGCAGGUUCUUUUGACGGCACAGUUUGAUAUCAUGGCAUCAUUAGCUGAAACCAUGAAUAUGAGUGCAGACGACGCUGUGGCUCAUGCCAAGAAGAUCAUCAACCGUUUACUAGAGACUGGAUACUCAGCAGCAUCACAUAUUGUCAAGCCUGAAGGUGGAAGCGCCCCUGUCGAGAAGUUUGCCCCCUCCAAGCGUGGAACCCCGAAGAGGAAGAAGGCUGUCAACGUCAUGAUAGAAGGCGUCAAGCCCAUCCCCAAUCCAGUACUUGCAGCUGUUUCUGCGGAACAACCAUCCAUCUUUAUGUCGCCAGCCAAGAGCUCGCCACGAAGGCGUAAGGUCCUGAAUGCGAAGAAAGGUAUCGCAUUUACACCAGCAAAGAAGAAGUCUCGAGGGGUUAGAUGGCGAGACGACGAGUCAGAGACUGGUACACUGGCAGAUUUCGAGAAAACGCCUAAGAAAUUCCAGACGACCCCGGAGGUUGCGUCACCUGAGAAGACUACUGAAAUCCCUCUAGUUCCGUCUUAUCUCAACGACACAGCCGGCGAUUCCAGUCCGUCACUAAUUGCUCCGGAGCCGGUCUCCAUGUCUCCUGCGGUAUCUCCCGCGAGAUAUAUCCCAUCGAAACCAAAUCGAUUCCAGGCAGGCUUUUUGACAAAGACGAGAACCUCUACUACGGGCAGCAUGGGUGGUUCCCCUGUCGCCCCAACACUAUCAUUGAACCUGGUCUCGUCCGAUGACAACAAAACAAGUCCUCUUCGCAAUCUCGACCUUGGAAGAACUGCUAACAUCAGAUCACCAUCAUAUACUGGACGAAAUUCGCUGAGCCCUAGAGUGUUAUCUGGAUCACAACUGCCUGUGCCGAUAUCGCCACCAACAGCACCACGAAUCACCACGGAUGAGAACCGCCCACCUUCAAACUAUAACUCGGAUUCCGAAGGGCCCAGCUCUCUUAUCGAUGCGACCAAGCUGCGCUCCGCGCUUCAUGCGAACAAUCGGCGUGACCGUCUCUCAUCGUUGGGCAUAGCCUCGACGGGGGCUAGGAGGGUGAGCUCAAUUGGAUCCUAUGGCGGCACCAGCCACAAAAUCUCAAACUCAUACUCAGGUCCUACAGCCAGCGCCGCGAACGGCAUUUCGAGAAUAAGACGACUGAGUGGAGAGAAGAUUGGUAGUCCACCAAUAAGCUGCUCGCCCCCGGAUACGUCGGUGGGAGGGAUCCGAUCUUUCACGCCUGGACAAGCGAGACGAAUGGGGAUGGGGGGAAGUGUGAAGAUGCACGGUAGCCCAGAGAGGGUUCAGAAGGAGUCCAAAUCUCGUAGAAUCACUAUUGGCGGUUCUGCGAUCAACUCCCUCGCUUCCGCGAAAAGAGACAAAUCGGGCCUGGUCUGGCGAUAG